AUGUCAUCUAUGAACGUGAAAGAAUUCUUAUCUCUUCUUAGCAUCGCAGCUGCCGACAAACGCCCUCGUCCCUCUAAUGGUUAUGGAGCUCCUCCUGCUCCUCCAAGCAACGGCUAUGGAGCUCCUCCAAGCAACUCCUACGGCCCACCUAGGAACUCCUACGGAGUAGAUCCUCUUGCUGAAUUGGCACAGAACAUUCCUGGUGGCGGAGUUCCUGGAGAAGACUACCCUAUUUUGGCCUCCGUCCCUGACACUCGUUUCUCCUGCGAUGCUCAGAAUGUCCCUGGUUAUUAUGCCGACACUGAUCGUGAGGCUGGCUGCCAGGUCUUCCACAUCUGCCAGGACAGGCCCAAUGGACGCCGUCAGCAGGACUCCUUCCUCUGCCCCAACGGCACCAUCUUCAACCAACAGUACCUCGUCUGUGAUUGGUGGUUCAACUUCGACUGUGCUGACGCUGAAGACUUCUACUCGGUCAACGAGCAGAUUGGCGUCGUUGCCUACGACCCUUAUGGCAGAAGUCGCAAUGGCUAUGGAGCCCCAGCACCUCCUAGCAAUGGAUAUGGAGCUCCUCCAUCACCUUCCAACUCUUAUGGUGCACCUUUCUGAGUCAUCGCCUACUUAUCCCCGACUAAGCAUAUGAAUGACUUAUCUGCAACAUCAUCACCGGAAGAGCAACCUUUGAUUCGUACUCGAAUUU